AUGGAUGUAGAUAGUUGUAUAAGGAAGAACAUUUCUUGGCAAAAGCUCCCGGAAGACGUCCGUACAUUAUUGGGAAACGCUCAAAGAGAGUAUGAUAAGUUGGUGUUGGAGUAUUCUAUCAAGAACCAAUUGAGAUACAGAGGGAAUCUCGUCCGUCAUGUGAAAAAAAACGAAGAAACAUAUUACGACAUGGUUAUGAAAUAUAGUGAAAGUCAUUUGAUGCUCUUCCCAUAUCAUUUAGCGGAUAUAAUCGUAAAGGAAUUACGUAUAACACCAUUCAAUUACUACACGGGGAUCAUCGCCGAAAUGAUUAAUUCUGAGAAGUCCUAUGAUUCACUACCAAAUUUCACUGCAGCAGAUGCAAUGAGGUUGUUAGGUAUUGGCAGGAACCAAUACAUUGACCUGGUUAAUCAGAAUAGAUCCAAUCGCAAGUUUCUAAGGAGGAAUAAGUCUAUACGAGAACUGUUACCGACCAAACCAACGAAAGUAAACAUGGAACCGUGGUGGAUAGUAUGUGUGGGAAAUGUUUUGGAAUCAGAUAUAAAAGCUUUGUCGGAUGAUGAGAAAAGAGUUUUAGAUUCUCUCUACGAUCAUGGUUCCAAAGCAGCUGGGUAUCUUUCUGUUCCUAUUAUAACACAGUUAUUCAACCGUGGGUUAGUCUACUUCGAUGUUCCUGUUCAAGGAACGGAUUACGUGUAUGUCGCUCCUCUGGAUGGAUUUGUUAUGAACCGAGUGUUGGGUGAUUAUUUUGAAACACUAUUGUAUAAAGUUUUUGUUGCUAUCGAUGAACAAACAAGCGUUCAAGAGAUGGCCGAAAUGCUACACAUAGAUCUACAGUUGGUGUGUACGGCAAUAUCUGUUUUUUGUAGACUGGGAUUUGCACGAAAGCGAGUAACAGGAAUGGAAAACUCGCUGUCGAAACUUCAUUACUCGUGGGCACUAGUAAUCACAUCUCCAACUUCGCCUAAUCCUCCCGAAGUGUUGUCGCCAUUAUCCACUGACGUUGGAACUAUUAAUCUCAUUGAGGAAAUGAGCAUUGAAGAUGACAGCUUAGAUUCUAUGGAGACUAGCAUGACUGGGCUGAGUUCUAAAGACAUGGUUAUAUCUCAACCGUCAUCGGAUGUGUCGUCAUCCGGAGGUCGUGCCGCGUUCUUAUUUGACUCUUUCUUAGCUGCUUUUCUCAUGAUGGGAAAUUUAUCCACUUCUCUGAAGGGUCAUGCUGUUACUUUGUUUGAAGUUGGUAAACUAGCAGAUGAACAAAUGGGAGAUUUUAUGGAGUUACUGGAAUCUGUGAAUCGUUUCGGUGAAGGAGAAGCGCAACGAUAUUCGGAGCACGCUGUAGCUCUUCUAGAUUCUCUCCGAAGUUUGAAGAGAGGGCGAGAAGUCGAUUUACUCCGUGGUGAGAGCUUGCUGUCACUUGAUGCUCAAAGCAGAAUGCGUGUGCUCGCAAAAGCUUACAGUAUUAUUGUGGCGAUGGCUCCGCUGAGUUUCGAUGCUUGCACACUACCUGUAUCAUCUAUACCUUUCAUUGGGCCACCUAUUCCAGAGGCUUGCUCACCAUGGUUCCGCUUGGCUAUGGCUGUUUUGACAGGGUCAGGUCCAGCCAGUGCAUAUUUUCCUCGUGGUUACCGCCUCACCCAAUUACCAGAACUUUUGGUUGCAAGUCCCAGGCUUCAUGUGUCUUCUUCUAAUCAUGAGCCUCAAUUAUUAAGUACGCACAAUGCACUGUUAGCUCUCAAUGAUAUGUUAACGACUUCCGCGUUAUUCGUACAGACGUAUCCACCAAACUCGAAGGAAGAAGAACUUUUGUAUGUACCUUUUCCUUUCUUAGAAAGUGAGAAAGAUGAUUCAGAUGCGUUGUCCAAUCAUCCUGCCAUUCAAAAACUAGCAGAACGAAUAGGCUUGAAUUCAUUAUGUGGAUAUGUUGUUCUGUUGAGGACUAAUGUCACCCCUUGUGCAGUAGAGAAAAAUAUCGCAGCGUUUGACGGUUCACCCAAAAAGGAGCCUGACACUGUCAUCAGAUCUCUGCCUGCUGGUUGCACAUUCGAUGAUUUCUUAUUACAUGAUUGCAUAUUUGGAAUUCCUCUUUUCAAUUCAAAGCUGAACCAUACAAUUUGUGAGAGAGCUACUGCCAAAGGAAUUUUGGAAGCUGACAAUCGUACCAAUAUCCAGUUUGCAAACAAAGCUGUAGUAGAGCUCAUAGAGGAUAUGUUGACGAACUACAAUUUUGGAAUAGUUGAUAGUGGUUUCAGUGAGGUUGAACCUCGAAAAAUAGAAGUUGUGCCCCCGGUGCAGCUAAUCAGAUACGACCCCGUGACGAAAGCGAUUGUCAUCUAA